CCUACCAACAGGAGCGAUGCAGCAAUUAUUUGGAAUGGAUUUAGGGAAAAAGGACCUAUUCCAAAAGUUGUUGGAGCAAUAGAUGGUUGCCAUAUUAAUAUUACCAAGCCAUCUGAAGAUGGGAAUUCCUUCAUUAAUAGGCAUCACAAUUUCUCAAUUCAAUUACAGGCAGUUUGUGAUCAUGAGUGCAAGUUUACUCAUGUAUAUAUUGGAAACUGUGGCUCUGUCCACGACCAGCGAGUUUUGAGAUGGUCAGAGAUAUCUGAAUACUUCAAUAAUCCAGAAACAUACUUCCCAGAAGAUUGCCAUUUGGUUGGUGAUAGUGCUUAUACCCUCCAUAAGUACUUGAUGGUACCUUACAGAAAUAACGGGCAUUUCACCGAACAGCAAAUUCAUUUCAACAGGAGCUUAUCAUCAGCCCGUGUUACUAUAGAAAGGGCGUUUGGUUUGCUGAAAAACAGAUUCAGGAGAAUUUUAAAUUGCUGUCCUUUAAAAGAAACGCAGUUUAUCCCACAAUAUAUAUUGGCCUGUUGUGUCUUACACAACAUUUGUUUAAUGAACAACGAUUUGAUUAAAGUAGAGUCCAUUGACACAGGCAAUGUUUCUGCUGAUACCCUAAAUAGAAGAUCCAAUGAGUAUUUGUUAGCAGGUGGUCAAGAUAAAAGGAAUAAAGUCACUAUAGAUAUUUGGCCAGGAGAAGCGUGAAAGUGUUUAUUAGGAUUUUGAAUAUGAAAACGUUAUUUUGAUUAAUGAAAAAAUAAAUGAGUUUCUAAA